AGAGAGAGUGGGAGAGGGGGGAGAGCGAGAGAGAAGGAGCGGACGUGUGUUGGUGGGAGCUGGGAGGAAGGAUGGCUGCUCUUGUUUGAACUGCCUCACAUGCUUCAGAGGAGGCAAAAAGGCAGAAAAAGAGGAGAGAGAGAGGGAGAGAGUGAGAGAGAAAAGAAAGAAAGAAAUCAGCAGAGCCAUAGAAACAGACGUCUAACUGAGAGGCGCAUCUUGUUCAUCAUUUGUUGGGGAGCAGAAAAGACUUGGCAAUGCCUGCUGAAGUCAAAGAGGAGCAGAGUUUGGAGGGUCCUCCUCCACUCUGUCUGUCCCAGGAGGUUAAAGAGGCGACCCCCGAAAACCCCACCGCCACCGACGAACUGGACACGCCCACUUCCACCGCCUCUGUGAUGACCUCGACCAACGAGAGCUCCACGGAGGCCGACACCCCGCAGCAGACAGACUCUGAGGAGUCCAAGACAGUGGAGCAGGAGUGCGCGAAGUUUCCGGGUGAGACUAAAGAAGCCUCAGAGGUGCAGCAGGAGAACCCCAUCACCUCAGACCCGCCUGAUCUGACGUCAGCCCAGGAGGUUCAAGAUAGCCCCCCCACUGAACAGCUGAUUCCUGAAACAACGAGCAUCGAGUCUUCUGAGUCUGUCACGCUGACCACAACCACCACCACCACCAUCCCACAACCUCAGCUGGUGCUGCAGCCUGGAGAACCUCACCCUGUGAACCCCAGCAGCCAGAGCAGAGUCUACACCCUCCCUGACGCCUACAGAGGCAACAGCGGAGACAUCUGCCCCGGAUACGGGAGCCUUUCUCGCUUCAGCCUCCAUGGCUACCUGCCCACCAAGAACUUCCAGCCCGGGGUCCACUACACCUUACCAUUCCUCAGGGACAGCUACGCCCCCGCGGGCCUCAGCAGUCAGACAGACGAGGACAGUAAAAACCCUCUGGACAUGAAGGCCGAACACCCAGCUGCCAGUUACCCGACACUCGGGGGAAUCCACCAGUUCAGACCAAUUACCACCAUGGAGCUCCUCAGGGAGCCUUCAAGAACCAGAAGUGGCUAUGAUGACGCUUUCAUGGCCCAGUUGGAAGGAAACCUGAAUCCUUUCUUUCAGGCCAUGUGCCGAGCUCAGACCCUGCAGAUCCCUCACAAACGCAGCAGCAUGGUGAGCCUGGACAGCAUCCGGAGAGACCCCCGCUGGAGAGACCCCAACCUGCACGAGGUGAUCGCCAUGCUCAGGCACCCGAUGGACCCCGUCAAGUCCAACGCCGCUGCCUACUUGCAGCACCUGUGUUACGAGAACGACCUGAUCAAGCAGGAGGUCCGCCAGCUGAACGGCGUGCCCGUCUUGGUGGAACUCUUGGACCACCCCAAGGCCGAGGUCCAUCGCAAGGCCUGCGGUGCGUUGCGGAACAUUUCGUACGGAAAAGAUCACAACAACAAAAUGGCCAUCAAGAGCUGCGAUGGCAUCCAAGCUUUAGUUAGACUACUAAGGAAGUCCAGCAGCGUGGAGGUCAAAGAGUUAGCCACAGGCACUCUGUGGAACCUCUCAUCACACGAGCCUCUCAAGAUGACAAUCAUCAACCAGGGACUUCAAACCCUGACUGACGAAAUCAUCAUCCCACACUCAGGCUGGAGGAGGAGAGACUCUGCCGACCCAUCGAAACCACAGAGUGCUGAGUGGACCACCGUCUUUAAGAACACUUCAGGAUGCCUGAGGAACGUCAGCUCAGACGGAGCAGAGGCUCGACAGAGACUGAGGGAGUGUGAGGGCUUGGUGGCCGCUCUCCUUCACGCCCUGCAGUCAGCAGUCGUCAACAAGGACACAGACAAUAAGUCGGUGGAAAACUGUGUGUGCAUCCUUCGAAACCUGUCUUAUCACGUCCACAAAGAAAUACCAGGAGCUGAGCGGUUUCAGGAGCCUCACACUGGUCAUCUGAUAAGAUCUGUGGGACAUCAGAAGAAGAAGAAUGAGGCCGAGUGUUGUUCAGGGAAAAGACCCAAAGAAGAGUGGUUCAGUCAAGGUUGGAAAAAGGGAUUUAUGGACAGAAAAUACAGUACAUUGGAUUUGCCAAAAUGUACAGAACUAAUAAAAGGUCUGGAGCUGCUGUACCAACCAGAGGUGGUGAGGCUUUACCUCUCUCUUCUCACCUGCAGUCACAACCACAACACCCUAGAGGCAGCUGCAGGAGCACUGCAGAACCUCGCUGCGGGACACUGGGCUUGGUCCAGCUACAUCCGGGUUACGGUAAGAAAAGAGAAAGGGCUGCCGAUUUUAGUGGAGCUGCUUCGCUCAGAGGUGGAUAAAGUCGUGCGAGCGGUGGCCAUCGCUCUUCGCAACCUGGCUAUCGACAGAAGAAAUAAAGACCUAAUUGGGAGCUACGCUCUGCGGGACCUAGUCGCCAAUCUGCCUUGUGGACAGCAGCAUCCUGUGAAGAAUCUCGAGGGAGACACGGUGGUGUCCAUUCUGAACACGAUCUAUGAGAUCAUCACGGAUAACCCCGAGAACGCUCGGAUGCUCAUACAGGGUCACGCUGUGCAGAAACUGGUGGCCAUCAAUAAGUCAAGCCAAUCAGCACGCGAGACCAAGGCGGCUUCACACGUACUUCAGACAAUAUGGGCCUACAAGGAACUGAGGCACACUCUGAACAAGGCAGGCUGGAACAAGAGCCACUUUAAGCCUACAAUUUCAGGAGUGACUAAAAAGACCAAGAGUGGAAAACAGAACGGGGACGACAUCACGUUGCCUCUCAUGGAGAAAAACCAAGAUGUAUAUUCCACCUUAGAGCCAAAUGACAGAGUUGGAGACAGAAAGGAGCCUGUUGUGGAAAGAGAUGCUCUUCAGCCGUGUUUCCUGACACAGGCGAUAAGUGAAAGAAAACACUUCAUCAGAGCUGGCAGGCCUGCAGUGGGCCUCAUGGAUAACAAGCCUCCACCACUGGACUCUUGGGUGUAAACUUGACAACAUGUCCAGUAAAGCCAGUCAGAUAGUGUGAAAGACACUUUCUGCAGGUAGAAGCUGUGCCAUCUUGAUUUUUCUUGUACAGACAAAAAACAAAAACAAAAAACAAAACAAAACAAAAAAAAGUUCAUUUAAAAAAAUCUUCUUUGUUUACAAAACUUAUAAUGUGCCAAACAUUUACAUGUAAGUAUUCUGAAAAUUAUUUGUUAACAGACUUCAUAGAUUUAUCAUUUAGGAUGAUACUCUGCAGGUCCAAAACUGAUUGUGUGUUAUAUAAGAUAUAGCCCAAAUAUGCAAACUGUGGUGACUCCAAAGAAUAUAAUGACAUGUACAACUAGACUUUUGCAGCCCAUUUACAGUCUACUCCUAUUUUGUCAAUAGUAAAGCCCAAACGAUAUGUGGAUCUUUUAUUUGGACGUUGGUUUUUAAUGGUUUUAGGCUCAUUUGAUCCAAAACAAUUCUUGAAACAGUUUUGGUUCCUGUCGAAUACAUAUAGAACUAGGGCUAUUAUCAAAAAAAUUAGUUUUACCUUGAUUCAGUAAAUCAGAGUAGACAAUGAGGCCAUUGAGUCGAUUGCAUUUGUCAGAUGAGAGGCAAAAAUGAGAUUGUACAUGUGUAACAAAGGACUGUUAAUACUCAGAAUAAAGGCAUUUAUAUUGUAAUGUUUAUUGUAAUACCCAUGUUAUUAAUUAAGAGUUAUUUAUGUGUCUUAGCUAAUGCUGACCAAGUGAUUCAGAUCUGCUUAGCAGUGGUUCCUUUUUGCAUUGCGAUGUUGAAUGAAAACAAAAAUAAACGCUGUGCAUAGUUUCACAUUUUAA